AUGCUCACCAACUGCAUCAUACCGGGGUGUACGGAACCAAUCCGCGACCUGUUCGGCCAUUUGUGCGGCCCGUCACAUAGUCUAUCGACCGCCGAGGCAAGAUUCAUGAUCGAGCAAUAUUGCGCCGCCGGAUUUGCGGGAAUUCAAAAGAUCAUCGAAAACAACAAUCGUCACCCGUUCCGGCAGGGCGAACGAUUGCCCAAAGUCCUCCUGAUCCGGCUGGCCGAUGAGGGCCAAAUGAAGAAAUUUAUAUACUACUUUCGCAACCUCACCGGGCUUGAGUGUGAUGUGGAGAACAGUCUGCUGUGGCGCAGUGCCAGUGGCCGCACAUUUCUCUUGCUCCAAAAGUUUGAAGUCGGUCGCCAUCUCUACCUAUCGGUCAACGAUCCGCUGCGGCUCGACGCCGAGGGCCCGUUUAUUCGCGAAAUCCUGAAGUUUGUCGAGCACUACGAAGACUUGUGGGGCAUGAUCCACCACUUGCGCGCCCAUCUCCUGCGCCGCGCGGAGACCGGGUGCCGCGAAGUUUUGAGCCAAACCGACCUCGACGUGCACCAAACUGUGGCUAGCUUGACGGCGCAUGUAGUGACGAAGGAACUUUCCGAAGAUCGCUUGAUGCAGCGUUUGGAGUCCUGGCUGUCUGUCCUCUUGGUCGGCGGCGCCUCGCAGAAGAUGCUAGACGAGCUGACAGCCCGGGCGAAGAGCGGAAGGAUUGACCCGUCAAUUUUCUCGGCACCGCUUUUCACCACGCAGCAAUGGCCGUCGCUGGGUGUCGACGGCGAUCACGCAGCAGCCGUUUGGGCCGAAGUCCUGCGCUAUCCCAUCACCGAUAGUCGUAAUCCGGCUCCUCAUCUGUCUGUUGCCGAAAUCUUCGAGCCGAUCACCGGCGCUGCGCGACUCGUCGAAGUGCACGGCGCUAUUUGCCCCCGAUGCUUGGCCAAAUUCCAGUUGAUGUCCCAGUUGGUGGCCCAUCUUCGGGAAGCGCACAAUAUCGGCGAUCAUCGAAUAUUCUGCGACAGCUGCGGAAAUUUGAUUGCCGAGGAUUCGCUCGAUCUGCAUGCAGCCACCUGCGAAGUGCCGCGCGGAAUCCAUCCACCUCGCCGCAAAUGCCUCGAUUCGCCGGGCAACAAAUUGCGCUGCAAUCAUUGUGAGGUCGAGUACCCGUCGAAAAAGAGCUUCCUCAUCCACCACGAGACGGUACACCCGAAUUGCUACGAGUUGUCAAAGGCCUGCUUCCACUAUUUCCAACGUGUCUUCACUUGCAAUAGAUACCCCUGCCAGCAGCGCGACUUCCCCGGCUGGCGCUCGCUAGUCAAUCAUCUCAGGCAGACCCACAGGGUCUCGAAAGUCAUCCAGAGACUGGCGAUCCGGACCCGAGAACGAGUGGCCUGUGACGUCGUCCCGGAUCUGCGCGGAAUCCCCGUUUUGCCAAACAUCCCGCAGGCCGCUAAUCCUGGCAGAAAGCUCAAGUUCAUUUCUACUGGCCCGGGCAUUCUGAGGGCUAUCCGACUUCAGCCCAACGACAACGAGGUGGAAGCGCUGCCGGUUCAGGAGACGCGCGUGGUGACCGAGGAAAACUUGCGCAACUUGCGCACCGAACGGCGCCGCAGGAGGCUGUCAAGCAUCGAACGCGAGGCCGAAUCGCACGACACUCAGCGGCCGUCCACUUCUGCCAGUAGCUACACACACGAUAUGAGCCAGCCAUCCUCCAUCUCGCUGGCAUUUAAUAAUUUUAAGAAUCAACGGUCCACCUCCCGCAUGGACUCCAAUGGAAACAUGACCGUCCCCGGAGCGAAACGCGGAAGCUUCUUCUAUGACGACCGUUGGGACACCGUUAGA